GAACAGCGCAUUGCUUGGGAGUUCUGUCAGCCAGUGCAUAACGCUGGCACCCGUGCAGGUCUCAUCAGCCUUCCCGUUCUAACGCUCAUAACUGGCCCCGUGUCACUGCCAUCUAGUUCCGUGUGGCUACCUUCUACCAGUCCCCUGUACAGUAUCACCGUCCUUACGAUGGCGUCAUCUACUUGGUGCUGGUCGCUGGCCGUCCUGCUCUUCUACCUACAUUCCGCCAGCAGCACGUCGGUGCCGGUGACGAACCUCUGGGAUGAGCUGCAGAGUACCGUCGCUGAGGUGGUGCAGGCUCACUGCCCCAGCAAGCAGCAGGAAGCCAAUCAGGAGAAGCGCAUCAUCGAGGGCACGACGAAGGCGCUGAAAAGAUUGUUCGCCGAAACGUUCUCCGAGUCUGGCGGCAGACCUAACCUGGACCCGCUCUGGCGCUGCAGUUGCCCCUCUGGCUAUAUCCCGUGCGGCGGCCGCUGCUACGCCCGUCUCCACCGUCCCGUCGAGUACGCCCAGGCGGAGCGCGAGUGCUCCCUGCUGGGCGCCCACCUGGCCGUGCCGCGCUCCCGUCAGCAGAGUCUUUGCGUGGCCGGCCUGGCAGGCCACGAGGACGUCUGGCUGGGCAUCACCGACCGCGACGAGGAGGGUUUCUUCCAGGGCGCCGACGGCCGGCCGGUCACGGACAACGAGGGGCAGGUGUGGUCACCGACUCAGCCGGACAACGCCGGCGGUGUGGAACACUGCGUCUCGAGCUGGAAGGUGAAGGAUGGUGUGCGCUUCGGCGAGUGGAACGACUACCCGUGCACCGGUAUUCGGCUGUACCCCAUGUGUCAGCUGCCCUGAGGUACUUGACAUCCGGCCGUACCAAAAGUCUCGCUUGUGUCAGCGGUCAGCUACCUUGGGAUGCGCAGUACCUACCUACUCGAUGUUUCAGCUGUUAUGACUUAUGAGGUGUGUAUGCAGGGCUGCGGAGUUGAUGGAUUUGAGGGUGACUCCAACUCCGACUCCGACUCCGGCUUCAAAAAUCGACUGCGACUCCGACUCCAACUCCGACUCCAACUCCGGACGGUUCUAUUGAAAACCAUAUCAUGAUUAAAGUUCCUAAUGGAAAUGUUUUAUCUUGCCUGAAACGACCCCUAGUGCUUUCCAAGACUUUGCGUUGCAAAUAUGCAUUUAAAGUAACAUGCAGCAUUAAAAAGCAGGUUCCGGGGAGUUCACCGUCUUCUGCUCCUUUCGCUGAAAACGUUCGUCCAAAACAGCAAAAUGGUCUUUUUUCGACAACAUCUAAUUUCGAGUGCAGUCAAUCAAACAGGUGCAGUGCAUGACGUUGAGCAAUGUAGCGUUAACUCCGUCUCCGGAGUCGGAGUCGGUAAGAUUUUAGCGACUCCGACUCCGACUCCGACUCCGGGCAGAAUUGUCGACUCCGACCGUCUCCAACUCCGACUCCGACUCCGACUCCACAGCCCUGGCUAUCAGCUAGGGUUGCACUAAUUGCUCAUAUUACAUAUGCCUGCUUUGUCAUAUUUUCCGAGAGAGUAUCAUCGAUUAAAACACUGAAAUAAGUUCAUAAAAUAAAGAUGUUUGCAGUAAAAGAUAUAAGGUGCAGAUUUGGUCAAAUUAGGUGCACUCGCCGGCUAGCCCGUCGUGAAAACGGCUAGUAUGGUGACUGUUGGUGACGUGUUGGCUAAGGACGCAUCAGCCUUGCGACCCGUGCCGUGCAUCAAAUUUAUCUUCCGUCUUGUUCUUUUUUUUUCGCGCUGCUGACUCGUAUGAAGCCAAUAGGCAUGUACUUUUGUAACUAAGCGGAACUAAUCAGGGUGGUCAGGGAAAGAUCAAUAAACUUACUACUCAGAA